UUUUGACAGCAUGGAUCGCCUAGGUUUUUUUGACGGUUUUCGCAUUAUAAUAAUAAAUAAUAUUAAUGAUGACGUUUUUGCAGAAAAUCCUGUACCUUUGGCAGGAAUUGGUGAAUUGUUAGAAGACAAUGGGAACGACGAUGAAAUAGAAAAUAUUGCCAUUAACGCAAUCGUUGAAAUUGCAGAAGGUUUCGUUCAAAGAAUACAUAGGACAUGCAUAACCAAUUACAUUGAAAAUACAGUGCCUAUGUAUACAGAUAGAGAAUUUGUUAUGCAUUUUCGUUUGAAAAGAACGCUUUUUAUGAGUAUAGUAGAGAAAUUUAAUCAUUGGCCAUAUUUUAGAAAUUUAGGAGGAAAUGGAGGAUUCAAGGUAGUUUCAGCUGAAAAACAUAUUCUCACUUUUUUAUGGUUUGCUGGCCAUCAAAGUGCUAGUUUCAGAGAUGUUGCUGACAGAUUCGAUCUCUCUCUUACAAGGGGAGUGCACGACGUGCCCCUCACCGAUUCAAACGAGGAUUUUUUUAUGUAUAGUACCUAA